AACAGCAUCAUCUCCAGCAUCAACGACAGAAUACCAUUACAUCACUUUGCCGAGAUCUGAUUGGAUAAGGGCGCUGUUUUACAAACCAGCAAGCCAUCGUCUUACAUUCUCAAGGUUGAUUUUGGAGAAAGAUUCCCCCAAUUAACAAUAUAUUGAACACUUUCGAUUGACAAAAACUACACAAUGGCCGAGAGCGAACCAGAGACGCCCAGCACUCCGAUAGAGUUUGAGAGCAAAUACUUCGAAUAUAACGGAGUAAGGCUGCCUCCCUUCUGCCGAGGGAAGAUGGAGGAAAUUUCCAACUUCUCGCUUAGAAGUAGUGACAUAUGGAUAGUCACCUAUCCCAAGUCAGGGACCAGUCUGUUGCAGGAGCUGGUGUAUCUGGUGAGUCAGGGGGCAGACCUGGAUGAGAUAGGGCUGAUGAACAUCGACGAGCAGCUGCCAGUUCUGGAGUAUCCCCAACCGGGCCUGGACAUCAUCCAGGAGCUGACGUCACCGCGCCUGAUAAAGAGUCACCUGCCCUACCGCUUCCUCCCUUCCGCCAUGCACAAUGGAGAGGGCAAGGUGAUCUACAUGGCCAGGAACCCCAAAGACCUGGUGGUGUCCUACUACCAGUUCCACCGCUCCCUCAGGACCAUGAGCUACAGGGGCACCUUCCAGGAGUUCUGCCGCAGGUUCAUGAAUGAAAAACUGGGGUAUGGCUCCUGGUUCGAGCAUGUUCAGGAAUUCUGGGAACAUCGCAUGGACUCCAAUGUUCUCUUCUUGAAACACGAAGACAUGUUUAAGGACCUGGACACGCUGGUGGGACGUCUGGCGCGCUUCCUGGGCGUGGCCUGUGAUAAGGUGCAGCAGGAGAGCCUGGUGGAGAGCUGUCACCAGCUGAUCGAGCAGUGCUGUGGCUCCGAUGCUCUGUCUGCCUGCAGGGGGCGUGUGGGGCUGUGGAAAGACAUCUUCACUGUUUCCAUGAACGACAAGUUUGAUGCAGUGUACCAGGAAAAAAUGGGAGAGUCUGAUCUUAGCUUUGACUUUGGUCUUUAAAGACCCUGACCCUAACCCUGCAGACUCUGCCCCUUAUCCUGCAGACUCCACCCCAACCCUGCAAACUCCACCCCUUACCCUGCGGACCCCACCCCUUACCUUGCAAGCUCCUCCCCAACCUUGCAGACUCCACCCCUAAUCCUACAGACUCCACCCCAACUCUUCCCAGUAUGAGUCCCUCCCAUCCCUGGCUCCAGUCCCACACCACAGAUUUUAAAAUCCCACCAGAUACUCAGCUCUGUGUUCCUAACAUUUGUAAAGCUGAACAUCCUGACAUGCUGUCGUUGAACCAAUUUUAGGCAUCUUUUACAAUUCAUUAACAGGUGUGUCCUGGUUGAGUACUAUGGGCCGGGAUGAGAUCGGAAAGGGCAUGACAUCACCUGCCGGCCAGGAGCCCCUCAUCGAGCAUGCCCAAUGACAGCACUAGAAACCCCUGUUAUCAACCAGAAUCUACUGUAGGUCAGAAGCAGCGAGGACGGAACACAGUAGCUGAGUAUCUGGUGUCUAUUGAAUCUGUGCCUGUACAAUGAGGCUUCAAUCAUGGUGACACAGAUCUCUCUGGAUGGUGGAUAUCGCUCUUAUUGCUUGAUGGAUUACUAUUAUCCUUGCUUUGUAUGUACGUACAGUGUGUACACUACAGUAUUUUGUGUAAAGCCACCUCCCAUGACUCUGAAUGAGUAUUUGAGGUUGAUGUUCCAUGUGAUGUACAGAUCUAGCACACACAGAUUCUCAGAGAAAAUGUUGCAGCAACGUCAGGCAAACCUUAUGAGAACAUAACGUGCCAGUAGAGGAUAAACUGCUCAGGGUUGGUCAGUUCUGCACAGGAAGGUCUGGUCUGCUUUUUCCUACCACGACCAGCUACUGACCACACAUAGUUACUGCUACUGACAGAUUUACAUGGCCCUGUACCACCUUUCCUCAGGUAUGCUCACCUGUACCUUCAAAUUAACAGGAGCAUUCACUUUUAGCGAGUUAGAGAUUUAAUAACAGUUCUAAAGUUUUAAUACACCUUUUCAGGGAAAAGUCCCAUAUAUAGCCCCCCAUUGCUUCAGCCAUUCCUGGUGAUGUUGAAUGCACUGUCUGUGCAUGCUUUAGACAUUGUGGCUCUAGAAUUUUACAGACAUUUGCUAUCACUGCGUCUGCUUAAACUUCGCCUUUUAUCGCGGUCUGUGCUUAUCGGACCAUUUUUAAAAUCAGUCCUACUGACAACCACCCCCCCCCCCCCCCCAUCUUUCUAUGCAUAACCCCCACUAGCGUGGGGAAUGCCAGGUGAUUCUCACGUCAUACUGCCGAGGGGCAUUUAUACAGAACAUACAGUGUUCAUUUUGACGAAGCUUCCGUUGUACUUAUGGGUUUUGUGUAAAAAAAAAAUGCAAGUGAAUUGCCCAUGCAUAUACGUAAACAUGAGCAGAUUGGUGUAACAUUCUGAAACAUAUCAGAGCUCGAUGUGUACCCCUGCUGUCUCUUCCACAAGAACACUGGAGUUUAAGUCCUAUUUUUAUAUUGUCCUUGGUUCAUUAAACAGAUUCUUUUGCUUGCUGAUUUUCAAAUAAAGAUGUUUCCUCAGCGCUGGUGCA